AUGGGACAGCGACUGGUGGGCACGGACGAGGAGCUGCAGCAGAAGCUGGCGCAGGAGAUGCUCCGAGAGAAGAAGAGCUUCAAGAUCAGCAUUCACCUGGCUACAUCCCUCCCCCUACCUUCGGAGAGGGAUCACCUUCGGCCCAGGAUUGAUCUGCUUGUGUUUAUGAUUGACAUUAAGAGCAAGUACAGCUUAAAGAAUGUUGAAGAUUCCCUAGCUUAUGUGGAUGCCAGCUUCUUCCUGGGGAAAGUUUACUUUCUUGUCACCGGAGUUGGCAGGGUGAAUUCCUGCAGCGUGGAGAUGAAUGCCAUCUGGAAACUGGGAGAAGCCUACUGCAGUCCUGUGCUAUUCUGUGAGUUGGAGUUGGAUGGGGUUCGAGUUGCCACUGCUCAGAGACUUCUCCGAAUACUAGAGAUCUGUGCUGGUCAUGUACCAGGAGUUUCUGCCUUGUCCUUUGGCUUACUGAUGAAGAACUCUGCUGAUUACUAGCUUCUCAUUGUGCAGCGCUCUAGCUGUGUGUGCUGUUUUGCUUAGCUUGUUUCUGACAUCUGUCUGUGAGCAGGAAAAAGCAGAAAGCAGCACUGCAGGCUUCAUCAGCUGUGAGUGUUGGCAGUCCUUGCAAAGACAACUCAGCAAGCCACAAAGCCUGUAUCCUUGCUCAGGGGACACACAUCCUAGCUCCAGUUGUAUUGUUGCUGGCAGGGGAGGGCUAGGAUGUUUGUCAGCUGGAACAAAAGGAGAUAAGGCAUUCAGCUGUGUUAUGGUGCCCA